GUCUUGUGUGACAGGGCUAACGGUUGUCGCAUCCGAUCAUUCAGUGGUCCUGGUUUGUUGAUGUCUGCUGGACUGCAGCGGUAGUUGGUAACGGGGGACUGGCCAUUGUUUCAGGCCACUUUUGUUACAUUCAAAGACUCCAGUUCGCUAGCUAGCAUAAAUGGAUUGUCGAACUAAAAGAUGAUCGCCUCACUGUCUAGAGGAAGUUUACUGGAAGAGGUUCUUCAUGGGGGCUUUAACGAGCAGCAGUUGGCAGCUUAUGUUUCCUGGGUGAACUCUCAACUGAAGAAGAAGCCCGGUCUCAAGCCGAUCACAGACCUCAGGAGGGACCUGCAGGAUGGAGUGGUGCUCACACAACUAAUAGAGAUAGUUGCUGGAGAAGUGCUGGAAGGAGCGUAUGCUGCUCCACAGAACAAAGAGGAAAGCAGGAAGAAUGUGGAGCAAGUGUUGCAGUUCAUUUCCUCCAGACACAUACGGAUGUCACACAUAUCCGCUAGAGACAUUGUGGAUGGCAAUCUGAAAGGUGUAAUGAGGAUAAUUCUGGCAUUGGCUGCCCACUUCAAACCCUCAGCCAAUCAUAGGAAUGCUACUGGAAGUGCAAGGAGCUCAACGAAAGCAAGUUCCAGCUACAACCCUCAUUCCAGUGUUGCACUAGCACAAGGUGCUGCAGCUGCCUUAGCAUCAGCACGACUGGAUGCAUUGCAGCCUUCAUAUGUUGCACGGAUCCACAGUGGCUGGGGCCUGGAUGUGGAUAAAGGUGUGUGUGUUCGUGCACUGGUUAAGCAAUAUGAAAGAGGAGGUUCAGAAGAACAGGAUGAUUUUCUGCCUAACAGCUUCAGCUCUGUCAGUUCACAGCCAUCUCCAAGAACACCACCCAGCUGCCACUAUGACAAACAGCAGGAAGACAGCAAAGACAGCAUCACCAUCAAGGAAAGCGCUGCUGAAUCCUCUCACAUCACAGUGGAGUCUGCAUUGGAGGAGUCUCUUAACGAAGCUAUAGAAAAAGAAGUGCAGGAGACGCGUAAAAUGGUGUCUGCGUUACAGGCCCUACUGCUGCACGGUUCGAUGCCUGAGGAUGAGCAGGAUGUGGCGUUGACUUUGGACCAAGGCAGCGCUGAACAACAAUUGGUAGUCGUUCGCAGUCGUUUGGAUCAAAGCAUGGAGGAGUCACAGGCACUGAAGAGGGAACUGUUGCGUUGCAAACAAGAGAUAAGAAACCUUCAGGGAGUGAAGGAUGCUCAGCAGCAGAGGCUUUGCACUCAGGAAGCAUCAGUACUGCAGAUGAAGCAGGAGCUUCUCAGAGCCAGCAUGGCAAAAGAUGACCUUAACAACCAGAAUGCAGAUCUACAGUGGAAGUUGGAGGAAUGUAACAGGCUGUGGGGCGAAUGCAAGAAGGAGGCAGGACAAAAGGACAGACUGCUGCAGCAACUCAAACACAAGCUUGAAGAAAGCCAGCAGCAGCAGGGUGAAUUACAAAGAGAGUUGGAGCAUAAAAGCAGCCAACUACAGGAGUUAAUGAGCAGAGAUUUGCAGCAGAUUCCCACUGCCAAAGAAAAUGGAUAUUCUUACCCUGGAAAUCCGUCUCCAUCUGUGUCCAGUCAGGCGGAGGAGGUUCAGCUGCUCAGAGAUGCACUUAGGAGUUUGAGGAACAACUUUAGAGACCAUGACCCGCAGCACCACACGUUGGACACGCUGGAGCAGGGCAUAGUGUCGCUCAUUGACAGACUGCGUGUUCUGCAUACUCACAGGGGAAGAGGAAAAUCACCAAGACGCAAAGGUCAACACACUGACUCUGACUCCCUGUCUUGCAAAAAAUCUGAUUGCCAGUCCCACAAUGGCUCUUCUGCAUCUACCAAAAUUCUUUAUUUUACUGGAAAGUCUCCAACACCUUCCAUGAUUAAUAUACAAAAGAGGCUAGGUGAGGUGACUCUCAAGGACGUUAAAGCAGCUGUGGAUCGAGGGGGGAACUUUAGGUACCACUUCAAGGCCCUGGACCCUGAGUUUGGCACUGUGAAGGAAGAGGUAUUCCUGGAUGGAGCAAUUGUUCCAGGUUGGGAAGGGAAAAUAGUGGCCUGGGUAGAAGAGGAGAGUGGAGGGGAAAGGCCGAUGUAGGUUCAAGCUGAGGGAGCAUGACACUUGAUUUUACUUCUGCUUACUUUGAUCCCAGAGGUGCAUCAAGAGAGCUGGUCAGAAGAGAGGCACAAAUGGACACUUUGAGGAAAAGUACUGUUACUGUAGCAAGAGGUUUGUGCUGAUCAACUGGUAUGCAACAGGUUUUAACCAGUGUUGAUCUGGAAACUGUCUGUGACUGAUAAUUACAUUAUAAUUAAAACCAGUGCCUUAGAUCAUAAUGGGAAAAAGCUCUUCCCAUCACGUUUUUAUUGUCAGGCAGUAACUGCGGUAUAUAAGGGGACUUGAAAUAAGGCAUGAAGAUAAAAUACUUUUAUCUGAAGCUGAAGGAAUGUUUGUUGUUUAGCGUAGCUAAUGAAAAGGAACCAGUUUAAUGUUAAAAUGCUCAGUAGCAGAAACACUUAUUCAGAAUACCACCAUAUUACAGGUUACAAAUAUGUUUUGUCUACGUUUCUUUAGCCUUGGUACGUUCUGGUCUCAUAAUACAGUAUUAUUUACCAUAGCAAGAAAAUAGGAUCAAAUCUAGGUUGUAGAACACUUUAAAAGAAUGGGAAAAGUCAAUGUUUGUGCAAGAUUAAUUUAUUUUUUUUUGGAAAUAAAUAUUCUGUUGCAAAAAGAUAGGGGACAAAGUGUUUGAGAAUGUGCUUGAGAAUAACCAGGUUUGUGAAAUAGAACCUAAAACCACAUGUGGGUUUAAAUGUUUUAGAUUUUGUUUACUGUAUAAAAGGGUUUUGUAAACGUGUGUAAAGUAUUUUCACUAUAUCUUUAAAUAUUUAAAGAUUGUUAUCUAUAUUUGUUUCGAGAUCCUUACGAUGCAGCUGUUUUGUGCCUGUGAAAAAGACGCUGUGGAUGUCACAGAUUGUAAGAGUUUGCUGGGCAAAUUUUAAGAAAAUGUAAGUAUGUUUUAGUCGGCCCUUGCCACUAAGUUUUAGGUUUGUUUGGGAUUCAGUUUAGCAACAUGCAUUUAGUUGUAGUAGUUGUGCUAAUGUUGGGGUGGGAGGCCAGGGUGUAUAGAAAGAAAAAUGAACUGUGUUUUUAUGCAUCUUUUUCUAUUUUGCCUUUGGAUCACUGUAUUUGCCUUCACUAAAACGCCAACAGAAACGUUGUCUACUUUUAAUGCCAUACCUGCUUGUACUGUGAAAUGUACAAUUUGCUGGUAAGAUGGUAAUUUUCCUUUUUAUUGAAAUACUGGAUUUUUUGCAGAACCUAUACGUCUUUUGUUGAAUAUUAAAAAUCUAUUUUAAAAUAAAA